AUGGCAUCUGUCAGGCUGGAAAACUUGCUCAAGUACCUGUGGAGGAGGUCAACAGGAAUCUCUUUCAUUGAUGAGCUGCCUGACUGGAGCUAUUUGAUCCCAGUGGAAAUGGAAUUAUGUCAUCAACAUGUAACUGAAGAUGAGGAGCCAGUUUCUGAGGAAACAUGUGUGCUAAUGGACUGUCCUUCCCCAAGUGGAUUUUCUGUUGGUGUUUGGUCUGAGACCUGCACUGGAGAUCCAUGCGAUGUGCAGACCAGAGAAGUCACAUGCACCAGGAAAAGUCCUCCUUGUGAUGAGCAGGAAAAGCCCUUGGAAUCUAGGACCUGUGGAGAAAUUCAAUGCGGUUCAUGGGAAAUUGAUGAAUGGUCACGGGAGGCAUGCGAAGACUGGAGCGUGGACGAGUGGAGCGACUGCGACCAACUUUGCGGUCCAGGAUUAGAGCACAGGACUGUUUCGUGCCCUGUGAAGCCCUGCAAUCCCAGUUCCAGACCAAAGGCCAUCCGCCCUUGUUUCGGCUACGAAUGCUAGCUGAUGAUAAUCAUCUUUCCUCAGCUGAUACUGAAUAUAUAUGCAGAAGCCUUUGUAUACCUGUAGAUCCUUACUGCAGGCAAUAUUGUCUAAUUGCAAGCAGGCAUAUCUUUUGGGUCACUGUCUCACUGAGCGCAUACAACUGCUGAUGAUAUGUGAAUAAAAAAGUGCUCUUUAUUCUAG